UGACUUUCCUUCAGUCUCACUCCCUCCCCCUCUCUCCCUAGUCUCUGUGUCUGUGCCUAUAGCCUCUCUCCCCCUUUCUGUGACAUACAGUAGAUGGUGCAUCGAUUGCACACAGACGUUCGCUUUCCCUCUCCCUGGCUCAGUCCUGUGCGGGGAGGAAGAGGACGGAUUGAGACGUAUCUCUCUGCUUCUCAAGCUACCUUUCCUCAUGCUGAGCUGCUGUGAGGAGCCUGCCCGCAUUCUCUCUCUCUCAUCUGGGAAGAUUCUGCUAUAGAGAUGUCUGGUGAGAAAAUCCUGUCUUCUCCGGAGAUCUGAAACAGGCAUGAUGUCUCAGCUCUUGCACAUGGAGAUUCCAAACUUUGGCAGCACGGUUCUGGACAGCCUGAACGAACAGCGGCUGCUGGGCCAGCACUGCGAUGUGGCCAUCAUGGUCAAUGGACAGGCCUUCAAGGCCCACCGUGCUGUUUUGGCGGCCAGCAGCCUCUACUUCCGCGAUCUUUUCAGUGGUAGUACCCAGACGCUUUUCGAGCUGCCCUCAUCCGUGGCCCCGUCCUGCUUCCAGCAGAUUCUGACGUUCUGCUACACGGGCCGAAUGACGGUUAGUGCCAGCGAUCAGCUGAUGGUCAUGUACACGGCGGGCUACCUUCAGAUCCAGAACAUCGUGGAGCGGGGAAUGGACCUCAUGUUCAAGGCCAGCGCUCCGUACUGUGACUCACAGACAUCUGCCACAGACGAUCCCCCUAGCCCAAACAACAACAACUCCUCCCUGUUGCUAGGCGACCAGCCCACAACUGUCUGCAAGAUCAAGGAAGAGAAGCUGGAGACCCCGGUGUGCACUCAGAACGGGGAGCUAAAGCACUCUGAGGAGGACAGGGUACAUAGGAGCAGAUCUUCAAGGAAUGGCACUCUUUUCUACACCAGUGCAGGUGUGAACGGUGUCAUACCUGUGAUGCAUGCUUAUGAGCAAUCAACCCGAGAUCAUGCCAGCCCCGGUGCCUCUAGCCUCCCGACCACAGACAGCCCAACUUCACACCAAAAUGAGGAGGAGGACUUUGAAGAUGACUCGUACGAGAGUCUGACAAAUGGAAAGAUAUUCGGGGGCUCGUCAGGGAUUUAUACCAUGCAAGAGAAGAUGGAGGUGUCCUCCCUGCCUCUGUCCUUGGAGAACCGUUUCUGUGUUCUGUUGGGAGGAGACAGAGAGGCUCUGCCUGCCGGACUCAUCAGCCAGAUCGGCUACCGCUGCCACCCUGCUCUCUACACAGAAGGCGACCCUGGAGAGAGACUGGAGCUGAUUGGAGGAUCUGGUGUCUUCAUGACUCGUGGGCAGCUGAUGAACUGUCACCUCUGUGCUGGGGUCAAGCACAAAGUCCUGCUGAGACGCCUUCUAGCUGCUUUUUUUGACAGGAACACACUGGCUGACAGCUGUGGGACUGGAAUACGUUCCUCCAACUGUGAUCCAAAUCGCAAACCGCUGGACAGCCGCAUACUCAACACCGUGAAACUCUACUGUCAGAAUUUUGCCCCUAACUUCAAAGAAAGUGAGAUGAAUGUGAUUGCUGCAGACAUGUGUACCAAUGCUCGGAGAGUUCGCAAGCGCUGGCUUCCCAAGAUCAAGUCCAUGCUUCCGGAGGCUAUCGAGGUAUACAGGGGAACUGCUGUCCUGAGCCAGGUGGAAGGAGCCACUCAGCCAUGCGGUGGCUUCCCUUUUGAGUCUGAGUUCAAACACCUGGCAGCGUCAAAUCUAACUCUGGAGCAGCAUCUCUACGGAGACUGCCGAGAGACACUGAGGAAUGGCUCGCACUUCAAUAUGGAAGAAAGGCCCCAAAAAGGUGAAGCGGCCAAGACUGAGCCAGCCCGAGCCAAAGAGUCAGAAAGCCCGCCGGAAGUUGAAAGGCUUCCGGAGAGUCCCGAGAGAGCCGCCAGUGUGCUCGCCCUCAACCCAGCCAGCAAGAAAGGGGAAAAGGAGCGGGCACCUAGCAGCCCCAGGUCACAGAGAGAGGAACAGAACAGACAGAGAACACCUAAAGAUGAUCAGUGACUUCGUCCACUUCAUACUAUUAAAAACUGGUCUGCAGCUUCUCACACCAAAAAGGAUCACUCUCAAUAAAG